GGUCUUUCAAGCAUCAAGAGAAAUUGUUUAAAACGCAGUCAUUACAAAAUUGUUAAUAGAUUAAUGCAUCAUUCUAUUAUGUGUCGUGGGUCGGUAAUUUUUUUAGUUCAACCUACCACGAGUAGGUCACACCUUCGUUUUUGUGGGUUGAUUCGCAGCUUUCCACUAUUAAGACUUUUACAUCGCAGCAAUAUGUAAUUUUAUGGUUUUAAGAUUCUUGAAUGAAUUUAAGCAUGCUUAGUUUCAGAUCUUGUUUUGGAGUCCGUUCUUGAUUUGGUCAGUGUAUUCAUAGUUUUCACGCACAUCGGAUUAUUCUGAACAAUUAAUUCUAUCCAGCAUCAUGGAAUUCACCUGGUCAGUCUCAUAUUUAUUACUAUCUUUACUCGUCAUAGUUGCUUCAGUGCCACAGUUAUCACAUACCCAAGGUCUCGGUGAAGUUGGGAGUUUUGUGUCUGGAAUUUCUGGAAUGAUUAACACAGCAAAGUCCAUACAAUCCAUGACUUCUUCAAAUGCAAUUCACUCAAUGACAUCGCUACUAUCAAGUUUGGUAAACAGAGUAACCGAAGCUACUGCACAACAGGAAAGAGAUAAUCGUCCACUGUAUCGGAAUAGUUAUUUUAUAAAUCCGGUCGCAGUAGUGAAAUCAAAUUCCAUGACUAGUAAAAGGCAGAUUCCGAGAAUUUGGGACAUGGCAUCGGACUCAUAUCUUGUGGAAUUCAUGCUUUUCAAUCGGGAAAGUGUGGAGGAACCGGAUUUUUUACUCGUCGCAAAUGCAACCAACUCUACAAGGUUUAGCAAAACCAGGCAAACCAAGUUAAUCAUUCAUGAUUACAAUCAAACAUAUAGUGACAAUUUACUCCUCCGAUUAAAAGAUGCUUAUCUCCAUCAUGGGGACUUGAACGUUAUACUCGUGGACUGGGUACAGGCUCGUCGAUAUUCGUACACCGUGGCAGCCAGGGUCACCGAAUAUGUUGGCGUGAUGUGUGCCAGGUUGGUACGAGAGUUGGACGCUGACCUCUCACUCCUCCAUGUCGUCGGCUUCGGUCUGGGGGCACAUGCAGCAGGCAUUAUGGGUUCCGAAUUGAAUGGAAAAAUUAGCAGAAUUACAGGCUUAGACCCAUCCCUCCCACUUUUUCGAAUGGUUACCGACAACCAAAAACUUGAUUCUGAAGAUGCAAGUUUUGUCGAUGUGUUUCACAGUGAUGGCGGUGAUACUUUUUGGCACGCAAAUCAUCUCGGGAUGGGGAACAUAAUGGGACAUGUUGACGUUUAUGUAAAUCAGGGCAUAUUUCAGCCAGGUUGUCCUGCACCAAAUCUGCCUUCGUACGAAGAUAUGUACUGCAGCCAUAUUAGAUCAUUACAGUUGUUUGUGGAGUCUGUUGAAAACAAAGAGAGUACAAUCGGUUGCAGUUGUGAUUCUUGGAUAGCUUUCCGAGGAAUGAAAUGCGACUGUACGGAUAAAAUGAUAUACGUUGGAAAUUCUUGUCCGAAAAAAGCAAAAGGAAAGUUUUACAUGGUCACAAGAUCCACAUAUCCAUACGGCUUAGGAAGACGUGGUGCCUUUCCUGCUGGUCCAAAAUUAAGUAAAACCAUGUAAAAUAAAAGACAAUUCUAUACUUUAAGCUUAAGUUGUGUGAUACUACUGUGACUAGAAAGAUUGAGUGAAAGGUGCGUAUGCAUGUAUGUAAAUUCGCUCAUGAAAUAAAUAAAUCAUGCACAUGAGGUACAAU